GAAUGUAUCAGUGAGCAAAGAUCUUUUUAGUCAGUGGCUGUUGGGAGUUUGCUCUAGAGGACAUCUAGUGAUGGACGCUGCUUCAACAGGAGAAGAUAAAGAAUCUUUUACACCUUUCAUUUCCUGUGAUAAAAAGGAUGAAUUUGAGAAAUGGCCUAACCGGAUCCACUUGCCAAGAUUUUCUUUGAAACAAGGGCUAAUUCCCAGGCGUUAUGUGAUGAACUGGAAACAAGACAUGAAAUUCAGAAAAGUUCAUCUAAAGCAUGCACAGCUGGGUGGGAUCCACGCUGGUCCUUUGGAAGAAAGUCUGUUUCUGGAACACAGUGAGAGACUUUGCCAUGGGGAAGAUCGAGAAACUGUCUUAAAGAAAACUUCUCCCCAUGUAAAAAUGGCUGAUAUACCUUUAUAUUCUCCUCUUUCCAAAUACCAAAGCACUGUUAUUUCUCAGGGAUACAGGCGGCAAAUGAUAUGAAAAGAAAAAAGGGAGAAUGAAAUUGUAGUGUUCAAAUAAAAAAAAGGGGGGGGGAAUAAAAUUGUAGUGUGCAAAUCAG